GGGAGUGUAGAUUAUAUUGCCGGUGUAUGCAUUUGAGUGCUCUGCCAGCUUUUAAUUGGUGACUGUGAGUGAUUUGUGUCUGCUUAUGCUUGUGGGUUCUUGUGCAUCAUUUCAUGUUUUAUGUUGCAUAUAGGCUAGGCAUGUGGGUACUUAUUUAAGAUGCCCAGCAUUUCUUCUGCACCACAUCCCUUUCCUCGUAUAUGCCCUUGUAUCAUUUGGCCACCUGUUUGACCUCUGUACAACCUAAGAGACGAAAAACCUCCGGCAGCAGGAUGAGUGAGCGCUCAGGUGCAAGCACUCUAGCAGCCAUGACGCUGGAGGAGCCAGGGGCUGAACAGGCAUCUCCUAGAGCCCCGGGCCCUCUCCGCUGUGGCCCCUGUGCUGUGUGGCCUCGCCAACAGACCUGGCUGUGUGCCGUGCCCCUGGUAAUGGGCUUUGUGGGACUGGGACUCAGUCUCAUGCUGCUGAAAUGGAUUGUGGUGGGAUCUGUCCAAGACUAUGUCCCCACUGAUCUUGUGGAUCCCAAAGGUAGCAUUGGACAGGACCCAAUAUUUCUCUCCAAACCCAGUGCCAUGCCCAAGGGGCCUGACAUUUCCACCGCCAUUACUUCAGCGGCCUCUACCACAGCAAUGGUGUCGACUACCACGCCGCUAGCUGCGGAUGGUACCGCCCCAGCGCCAAGAACUCGAUCAGGGCCCCCAGCAAACCACUCAGCCAAUGGCAGCACAGCCAAUGGGCAUGGCAACCGAGCCCCACACCUUCACAACCGCGUUGGCACCCGCAUUAGUGGGACUGUGGUUACCACCUCCACCACUCGCGCCACCCGACUCACCCCACCCAGUGGUAAGGAGGUCACCCCUCGCAGCACCGUUAGAAAAGGAAGCAGCACUAAUGGACGUAACGGAGCCGCCAACUCAAAGCCAGGACAGACUUCUGCUACCAUCACCACUACAGCAUCCACAACAACAGCUAGUGUGAAGACCACUGCCAAGGUGCAGCCGACCACCUCCCAGCCGGCAGCCCCAGUCAAGCCCACGUCACGCUGGAAUCAUGGGCGCCCAGGCAAGGGCCCAGCCACGCGCCCACAUCACCGCUUCCGAACACCAGUGGCCCCCACACUUCCUAGUCUACGUUCAGAGGUCUUCAAGCCAUGUGUGGAAGACAAGGACCUGGCCUUUUGUCUAAAUGAGGGAGAGUGCUCCAUUAUUGAAACUGUGGCUGGGGUUCACAGACACUGCAGGUGUAAGGAAGGCUACCAUGGACUACGCUGUGACCAGUUUGUACCCAAGACAGAUGCUAUCUUGUCAGACCCAACGGAUGAACUUGGUAUCGAGUUCAUGGAGAGUGGUGACACCUACCAGAGGCAGGUGCUGUCCAUCUUCAGCAUUGCCUCAGGGAUCUGUCUUCUUGGAGUGGCAUGUAUGGCUCUCUACCGCCGCAACAAAAGACACAGGGAAAAACUCCAGGCUCAUUUCUCUGAUAGCCGCAGCCUGAGAGACUGCGGUGUCAAUGCCUCUGGCCUCAUGUCAAAAUCUACUCCCAGGCUUCAAUACAGCUUUCAACUCCAAAAGAGCUGUAGUUCUCACAGAACGUCUGUUAAGGGCAGCAGCGUGGCACCAGGGACAUCAGAAGCAGCCCCACCCAUUCUCAGCAGAGCACUGUCUAAAGGGAAACGCUUCAGGAGUAGCUCCCUUUCACUCAGUCCUGCCCAACAACAGAGGGAGACUAACUACUUCAGGACCCCACCCAUUUCCAGGGGGAAACACAAAAUAACGACAAAUCUUAUCGAUGGAUCCAGAGUGGCUGGCCAUGUCUACAAACACUUACAGGAGGAUGAGUCAAAAGACGUGGAGUCCAUGAGACGGUGUGAUUUUGCAAGUGGAAGAGUCGGCGCCCUCCUCAGCAGGACCUCACUCUCUCACUUCGCAGCCAGAAAGGGAUGGGCUGAGGUCCCCUGCACCCGCCUGGAUAAGGGAUCCUUCCUUCCACCCUCCUUGCGCACCCGUUCUGUGCCCAUCAUCCCUUCACUCCAAGCGUGUGACCUUGAGGCCGGGAAUGUGGAAACAAGUGACCGGAACCAUAAGGGGCUCCUGAAGUGGCACCCCGUGCUGGCUGGAAAGACAGCGGUGCCUGUUAGCAGUUCUCCCCCCUAUGAGACUGUUGUGCUGGCACCUGGUGUUAUGCCCAGCAGUGUAAGCCCUCCUGCCACUACUACUGUAACACUGGGCUCGGAGGGGAAUCUCAGCUCCACACAAACACCCUGCUUCAUCGAAAUUACAGUGGAACUCGCGCAGGAAUUAAAACAGAAAAGCCUUCCCAGCACCAUGAAAAUGUCUGGGUCUCACAGCGAGAUCCGCCGCGGUGGCACAAACACUCUCGAGGCUGGGACUGUGCAGGAGUCAGGAGGGAAAAGUGUCCAAUAUUCACCCAGAGUUCUGCACACAGGCAGUGGGACCAGAGGUUUGAAGGCAGCAGGCCAAAGAGAUGCCCAGGGACAGUGCCAAGGUCAGACAUCUCUUGUGUACGGAGGUGCAAACUGCUCCUUGGCCACCAAAGGACCCAGCUGCAGAGGAACUGGAAAUGCUUAUGCCAAGCCUUCUGCAAGCUGAUUGGAUUAACUCUGUAAAGCUUCAAAGACACUGUUUCCAAUAUCUGUAUACCUUUGCUGGUGGCACAGGAUGGUUAGCAGGUGGAACCAUCUGUGUGGCCACACGGACCAAUAACAGAUGGCCGUCGGUUUUGAAGGAACAUGAACAGAUUGAACUGCCGAGGGAAAAAAUAUUGACACAAAAGACAUGAAAUACUAAAGAAAAAGAGACAAACAAACACACAUUGUGAAUAAAUGUGACUCAAUAAGGAUAA